AUGUUGACGGACGCGGUGACGAAAUGCGGGCGCGACAGCGAGCGAAGGCUUUACAUGUACGGCAUCAGCUCGAACCGCUGUCCCAAGUGUCAAGCGAGACUCCGCGGGGACAACAGCACAUGCAUCAACUGUCAUUACUCUCACAAGACGCUGCGAAGCAGCAAGCCUCACCACUGCUUCCCUAUUGACAGUGCCAGUGGGAAACAUUUCGUAGAAGCUGCGUGGUCUGAUGAGUUCACAGAGAAGGUGCGGACAGUGUAUCGACUACGUCUCCAUAACAAGAUGCAGGCUGACGAAGCGAAGACCAAGUCGACUGAUCAGCAACCAAGUGCAGUCGUUAAUGGAGCUGUAGACCAACCGGUGUCUUCAAAUGGCGCGUCAUCUACUGCUACCGCUCCUAUGACACCCACUACUGAUAAUGAAGUUGCUGGAGCGUCUUCAGUGUCUACAGCAACUGUGCCGCCUACAACUGGAGCCCAGGACCAGUCUCGCAAGCGACAGUUACCAGGAGUUGACGACGGGCGGAACAAUAAAGUGAUUCGCGCCAGUGAGUCUUUACGUUCCGAUGGAAAACCAUCAGUACCAACGGACGGUAUGAGUCUGUACGACCGUGUAAGGGCAAUGCACGACAUGCGGGUGAAAGCAGCGCAAUUCAAUGUCCCUCAAGCUCGAUCUCCGAAGGCGAAUUUGAACCACAUCCUGUCACAACGAACGGAUGAACGCACGCAUCAAAAACGCGAGCAGGAGGAGCGAGCAAAGCGAGAAGCUAAUCAUAAAUUGCAACAGCAAGAACUGUAUCGUCAGCAGGAACAGGCACGGAUUGAGCAAUUGAAGAAAAGGCAGCAGCACGAACAGGAGCAAGCAGCAAAGCGACGACAACAAGAAGAACGACAGCGCCAAGAAUUACAGAAACAACAAGAAGUGCAACGUCUACAAGCUGAACAAUGCCGACACGAGGAGCAGCAACAGCAGCAGCAACCAGAUUUCUCGGACGCAAUGGUCCCGCAUCGUAUGACGGCCGGGGCAGGAGAGGGACGCUUUAGCCCAACAACACCGAUGAGCACCAGGGUUCGCCAAAACCCCAGCAAAUCUGGCGAAGACGACGAGCUACGUGCAAUUUGGGUGAGCGACUAUGACAAUGUCAAUGCGUUGGUGAUGCAACUGGACGUGGAGAUCACCAGGCGGACGGAAGAAGGCCACGAAUUUGUGCACAGGUCGAACAAUAUUACGAUCCCGGAACAACUGAAGAUACAGAUCAACAACCUCCGUGCUCAACGAGACGCGGCACUUAAGAAGAGAUUCGAAUCGGUGGUUCGUGUGCUCAUCUUCUCGGAGGCGGUGCGCUCGUUUGCACAGCAAAGCGAACACGCGAACAUCUGGAGCGAUGUUCCGGCGGUGUUGACAUCGUCUCACAAGAAGUGCGCAGAGCUGGCAGCCGAAGUCCGCGAGUUCGAGUGUGAAGCGCAGAAACUGCGCGAAGGAAUUGAUGAGGCUGUGUCAAGCGGCAACCCCGCGCAGAUGCAAAACGUGGCACGUCUAGGCGCCUUGAUCGCCGACUUGGAGCAGAAGAUUCGAACGUCCAACGGCGAGCGCGACAAGCAGUUCAUCUUCAUGUUUCAGUUUAGCGACACCCUUCGAAACAUGGUGCGAGCCGAGUGGUCGUACUACGCAGUAAAUGUUCAAGGAGAUCUGGUCAAGAAAAACGACACUUAA